AUGUCUAUAUUAGAAAAUAAUAAUAAUAAUGAAAAUAUAAAUAAUAUUCAGUAUAAAAAAAUAGAUAUAAAAACUCCUUUAGUCAUAAAUAGUGAUUCUGAAAUUGGAGAAAACUUUUUAACAAAUGGCCAAGUUGAAAUUAAAAAAAGGCCAUUAAAAGAACACAAAUAUUUAAAACAAAUUAUUAUUUUAUUUUCCUUUUUACCUUUUAUUAUGAUUCCCUCAAUUUUAUUUCAAUUAUAUUUACCAUCUUUUUUUACUGAUUAUGUAACUUUUAAAUAUCCUGAUUAUUCACUAGAAGAAAUCCAAUCAAAAGCUGCAUAUUAUAAAUCAUAUUCUGAUUCUCUUCCAUAUAUAUCUGCUUUAUUAUUUGGACCAUUAAUUGGGGUUUUAUCUGAUAAUUUAAUUAAUUUUUUGUUUUUAAAAAUUAAAAAAAAAAAAAGGUAUGGAAGAAAACCAAUAUUUUUUGGGGCAGGUAUUUUAUUUAUUCUUGAUGCAAUUGCAACAUUGAUAUCUGUAUUGACACAUAACUUAAUGUACCAUUAUGUUGUUCACACAAUUGUUGGUGUAAAUUCAGUUUCAAAUGCUGCACUAACUGCAUAUAUUUCCGAUAUUUCAGAUGAUGAUCAUAUACCUAUUCUAUACUCAUUAUUGGGUGGAGUUUUUGGUGCAGGUAUAAUUUUAGGUCCAUUGGUUUUUAUUUUAAUUAACCUCACAUCAAUUCCAAAUAUAACAUUAUAUGUUAUAGUUGGUUUACUUGCUGUUUGUAUGGUAAUUAUUGCAUUUUUAGAUGAAAGUGUUGAAAUUGCAAAAAAAAAUAACAAAAUUAAAAUAUCAAACACAACAACAAAUCCAAUUAAAUUGGUUAAAAAUCUUUUUACAUCAAAUACUUAUUUUUCAUUUAUAGUUAUAAUAUAUUUAUUAAUUUCUUUUGCCACUUGUGAUAUUACUCUUAUAUUUUAUUAUUAUUGUUCAUUUGUUUAUGAGUGGAGCCCAAAAGAUAAUUCAAUAUUCUUUGGUGGACUUGGUUUUAUAAUUAUUGUAUGGGGUGCAGUUAUUAGCCCAAUUCUAUUAAAAUAUUUUUGUGCAAUGUUGGGAUCACCACAAGUUAACAAUUUAGUUCAAGCAAUUAUUUCUCAAUUGACCCCACCAGAAAUGCAAGCUACAAUUCUAGUAGGUGCUCAAUCAAUUAGUUCAAUUGCAAGCUUUUUAGGAUCAAUAGUUGUCAAUGAUAUAUUUAUGUAUUCCAUUUCCAAUAAUAUCUCUCAUAAAUUUCCUCAAUUCGUAUUUUUAAUAUUCGGAAUUGUAAUUGGUUUGACUACAAUUGGUACAAUCAUCAUUUUUAACUAUUAUAAAAAAUCAAAUAACUUUAAACAAAAUCAAAAAAAUAGUUACGAAUCAAUUAAAUAA